AUCAGCAUUUCUUCUCUUCUUUUCAGGUCUUAACAUGUAAUAAAUAAAUAAAUAUGACUAAACAGGAUGCAGUAAACUUUCCCGCCAAAUGACAAACAAACAAAAUUUUUAAAAUGGCGGAUAUUUACCACGAGAAGCAGCGGUUUCAAUACUGCGCCAUUCACGCUAUUAAUAACAUGUUUCAAGAUCCUACAGCGUGCAGUAAGAAGGCGUUAGACGACGAAUGCUACGAACUGGACACACGCACUUGGAAUAAUCCUCAUAAGAGUAUGUUAAAGAUAGGCAAUUAUGAUGUGAACGUGAUAAUGAAUUUCCUGAUGAAAAAAAGCUAUAAUGUUAUCUGGUUUGACAAACGAAGGCCUGUAUCCUGCAUAAAUGUGGAAGAAGUCUUCGGUUUUUUACUAAACUCGAAAUCACCAAUCAAGAUUCGCGGAAAGUCCAUACCGCUGAAAUUCUUCAAGCAUUGGUACGCAGUGCGUAAAAUGCCGAACAGUUUAUAUUUCAAUUUAGAUUCGAAGUUAGAAAAACCUGUUAACAUAGGCAACGAAAACAAGUUAAGAGAAUUUCUGGAAAAAAGACUUAGUGAUAAGGAGACUGAAUUGUUACUAGUUGUUGAAGGAUGCAAGACCAGAGGAGACGUGGUCGUGCUCGAUGACACAAGCAGAUCAACCAAAGACAGUGCUAGCCGUACCAGCUGACACUGUGAUAGUUCUUAGCAAGUUUUGAAUCUACACCGGGCAAGACAUGGCAGUCCAGAAAGUGAAAUCCUUGCUGAAACUGAAAUUAAAAAUAACGAUAGAUUAUGAAAGCAUAAACGAAAUGAAAAAAAUUGGAGGUAAAAAGAAAAAAAUCAAUGAAAUCGUGCAAAAAGAGAAUUUGCCAUAGCAGACAACAUGACAUGUGUUUUAGGCGAGUUUUAAAUUUCGGGUAGUUUUUUUAAAAUUCCUGUUCGCACUGUUAUAAACCUUAAAAGAACACAAAAGAA